GUCAAAAAGAUGAAGUCGUUUGGGAACUUGACCUUUGGCCUGCUCGCCAUCCUUAUAGCAUGCCUGACUGUCGGCUUAGAAGCUCGUCGCCUUGCUCUGCGUCCACUGACUGGACGGGAACUGAGAAGGGCUCUUAGGGAAUCCGGAUUCGAUGAGGAUUCUGCAGCUGGCAGAUCAGUGGCAUCGGCUUUGACCGGACUCAGUGGUUUCGCCCUGGGUAUCACAAAGGGCAUUGGUGGCUCGAUUCUGUUCGAUGUGGUCACCUCGAACGUGACCAUUGAUUACAUCACCAGUCUGCUGAACUCCACUGCCUCUUCAUCGACCUCAAGCAGCAGUGGAACCGCCCAGGAGAUCUGUUUCAAUAGUCGCAGCGCCGACGGGGAGAUCAUUAACGGCAGGAGUAAUGGCUACGAUGGCAUGGAUGAUGACGCAGAACCUAAUGGCGAGUGGAGGCAAACUGGUAGUGGCGACACUGACACUGCCACUAUCACAGACACAGACACUGGCACUAACACAGGUACAACCACCACCUCGGCUUCCAGUGGCCUCACCUGCAUUGUCCUGAACAAGGAGGGUUCCCGUCGCAGGCGUCAGCUGCGCAUUCGUCCAGGAACCUUGAGAUCUGUAUAUCCGGAACACCAUCGGCAGACCCUGAGAAAGUACCGCAGGCAUAGGGCAUAG